CGAAGGAACAAGAUGACAGAACGUAAGGAAGACAUUGCUGAGGCAGAUGCAGAGAAAGACAGACUUGAAACGUCAACAAUGGAAACAAAGAGAGCGAGACAAGCAGAAAUACUACGGCACGAGAAAGAUCGGACAGAGAAAGCAGAGAAAUGGAAAACUGAUCGUAUUGAUGCGAUGAAAGAAAGACAAGUUAAGUUUGCCGAAAUUGAGGACAGCCAUGAAGUGAAACAUAUUUCCAGGAAAGCUCGAAGACAGGUAUAAACUUUAAAGUGCAGAUUAUGAAUUUUGCAUUUUUGUGAUAUUAACGCCUGUACUCUAGAAGCUCACUCACACUCAAAGAGUAGAAGUAUAAUCUGAGCUUCCCUAAGUUGAGUGUCAGUGCUGUUUUUGAAUAGCUGGAGGGUUAGUGUCGUACUUUACCAUAUGACUACUCACCGUCCAGCUAUUAAAAAACAUCACUGACACUCAAGGGGGGAUCAGCUUGAAUCUCCACUCUUUGAAUGAGUGUGAGUGAGCUUUUAGAAUACAGGCGUAAGUAUACACACCCGAAAACAUUCCGCGGUUAAAAUUUUCCUGGCUAAUCUCGAAAUAACCCUAUUCGAGUUAAUCCUAAAUAACCCCUAUAUUUUGGGUUAUCGACUUGUUACAAGAUUGAUGACGGCAACAGACUUGCUACAAGUUGUUCCAACAAGACUAAUACAGACCGUUCGUAACAGCUUGUUACGAGCUUGUUGUCGUUAACUUGUUCACAACGUGUUACAUGCAGACGAUAUCAAACUUGUUGGAACAACUUGUUCCAAACUUGUCGAUAAAUGGGAACUGCUCUGACUCGGUGUUUAACACUUAAUCUCAAACUCAUGAAGUAUAUUGAUGAAGUAUACUGAUCCAGUCCUAGUACUGGAUCAAAAUUAAUUCAGUCCAUGGACUGGAUUAAAAUGAGAUAAGUAGUGAUUUAUUCGUAUGAGAUGUCAUUUCAAAUCCUCCAAUUUGGACUGGACUAGAUUUCAAAUCCUCGCAUUUUGAUCCAGUCCACGGCUUUGCCUCGGACGUGAUCAUAUUACGCGGACUUGAAAUCUAGUCCAGUCCUCAUGGUCGGAUUUGAAACUGUCAAUUCCCCAAACAUCUCUUACAAAUCCUUCAACACUUUACGUAUGCAAAAUUCCCACUGGGAUCACAGGAACUUUGAGAGUGCAAACAAGUCUUAUAAAUGUUAUAUUAUAACUCCAUAUGUUACCAGGCUUAUCUGCGUAUGAAAGAACACGAACGUCGCGAAGACUUUCACGAAAGACUUCGCGAGGAAUGGCGAACGGAAGACGAACGUGCCGAGAAUCACCGAAGACGGUCCGAAGCUGGAAGAGAGAAGCAAAGCGUGCGUCAGCAAGAAGCGCACCGUGCUAAGGAAGCACGAUUGUCUGUGAAGCAAGAACAAAGGGAGAAAUAUCGGGCAAGCAUCUUGCCCUGAAUCAAUGAUUCGAAAUUUAGAAAGAUUGAGAUACAAUGCGAGUAACAUUUGCCUAGAUCCUUAGAAGACAAAUUAUAUAUAGAGUUCUUUGUAGGAUUGCAUGGCGAUAAAACAUAUAAUAAUACUUUUUGUUUGUGGAAACACCACGCAAAUUGAUUACUGCAAAGCUUUAGCUUACCGUAUAAGCCCUGAUCUUCUAUGUGCAUAUUAUUAGCACUGAUGAAGAUCCGGGUUUAUGGAUCGAAAGCUUUGCAGUAAUAUAUUUGCGUGGUGUUUCCACAAAAUAUUAAAAAUAAAAAAUAUUAUAGGUUAUAUAGAUUUAUAAUAUCUACCUGUUUUAAAAUAUCGAUUUAAUGUAUAAUGUAUCUGACCUAGACAAAACAGCGAGACAGGAAUCCAUAUAUCAUGCGUUUUUCUGCCUUCGUUCAUAAUUUUGGCAAAAUUCGUCGUGAAUUCGUUAUGAACGAAGGCAGAAGAACAAAGACUGGAUACACUUUCAUGUCUCGUUGUUGGGUGAGGGUAAGAAUACAGCCUGGUUCCAUUAUGCUGGUCCUAACGGUCGGAAAAAUUGGACGGAAAAAUCGGACGUUUUUGUCUGCCCCCCCCCCCUCAUCAGGGUGAGGAGUUAGAUGGGUUGGUGCCUCUGCUUAGGGUGGGGGUGGAGUGAGGUUAUCUAAUGUGUCUGUAUGAUGAUAUAGUCACAUCAUAGAUUCAAGGAUGAUCGUAUGGUGAUAUGCAUCAUACAAAUAAAGAGGAUGUAUUUAUUUGAAAUAAAUUUUGAAAAUGUUAAAUAUUAAGUAAGAAGAGUUUCGUAGCCAG